CAAACGACCACUUGCAGAAUAAUGAUCAAAUGAUUCGUCAUCAAAGCAAUUCGUGGAAUGAUCAAAUAACUCCUCUGGACUCUAAUUAUCCCCCUCCAACUGAAAUUCCUGUUGACUAUAUUGAGUCAACAAAACAACCUGUCACGCAGUACAAUGAUCCUGGUAUUCAAGACACAAUAGGGGUAAAUGUAAACGGUAGCAGUAAUUUGGAGAAACUACUCGGCCAAAUGAUGCCAUCAAAAGGAAGUACAAAAAUUCCUAUAGGAUUUAUUCUUACACAUAAACCUUUUACCGAUAGCAUUGAAAUGCAAAAAAGGUUCCCUUUGUUGUAUGAAAAAGUAAUCAAACCUCUGAAAUCAGGAGGAAUGGCAGCAAAGAAUUUUCAAACUAAUAAUAAAGCAAAUGAAAACUAUCAGCAACCCAAAAUAGACAAAAAUGCUGAACGUCAUUCAAGAAAUGGUCAAAAAUCGAUACAUAUGGAUAACAAUGGAAUACCAGAAAGUCAAAUAGUAUACAAUGAAGGGCCUUCUGAUCUUCAACAAGAUCUUACGCGAUUCAGCAGAGAUAGGACUAAUGAGCAAAAUCAGCAGCCUUCCAAUCAACAUAUCAGCAACCACCAUCAGAGGGCACACGGCAACCAAAAUAUACAGCAGCAGCACCAAUCGCCUCACAAAUUUGCUAAACAUCAGUCCUGGGAAAAACAAAGUCAUCCAAGGGGUAAUCAUGAUCAGCAGCAACAUUCAAAUCAGCACGCUGAGCGACAGGUAUACAGGCAACAGCAACAACAACAGAAAGAGCAAUUGAACAUGUUUCAACAGCAACAAAAAGGAUUACCUGAGCAGAGUCCCCAAGGUCGACGACAACAAUUUAUGGAAGCAACACGUAAUCAACAUCAACAAUUUGAAAGACGUCAACAACAAUUUAAUCAACUCGAAAAUCAAAUAUACCAAAAAACAACUGCAAUUCCAAUACAACCCACUACACAGGUGUAUACUAAAAAUACAUAUCCACCAAUAUUUAAUAUGCUAGUGAGAAAUUCAAUGCCUCCAACACAGACACCUCAACCGGAAACAAUGCAUCACAAGCAAUCAGAAAAUUUACAACCAGUUACUAAACAUACUGAAGUUACCUACUCAACUAAGACCAGCAAUAAACUUGACACACCAGCGGCAUCCUUUGUCAGGCAAAACUCUCUAAGACUUGGUGGUCCUUCCUUCAACCCUGUACAAGAAAACAUAAAAUUCGGUAAUCAAAUAGGACCAAUUUUGGACAGCGUACCAGAGCUUCAACUUUAUGAAACAAGAGAACCUGUUAUACCAUUUGCAAUGAUCUCUAACAACAAAUCGAAAUUAGCAGAUGGUAAUGUACAGCAUUCCCAGAAUAUCAUUAUGGACAAGGAAGAAAGGAAUUCGAUGAAAAUGUCGAGCAUUGACCCAUAUUAUUCAAAAGAUAUUAUGUCUGGGACAAAAGUAGAAAGAAUAUCCACAUUGACACCAGCAAAGACCGAGGCUACUUAUUCAGUGGUUCCUACUACUCCAACAAGAAGUCCUCCGCUGACGGAAAGGAUGCAACAUGCCCCGAAUAAUCACCGAAGUGUUCAGACUAAUCAUGAAUCUGCCUUCGGUCGAUUUGGUGAUGUAAACCAAUACAGACAGCAAGCAAAUAACUUGAAAAUUGAUCAAAAGGUAAACACGGGACAUCAUAAUCAAGAUAAACAUGAUCAAAGUAAUCUAAGUACACACAAUAACAAUCAACAAGAACAACUAAGCAAUGUGCCGAACUCCCAUCAGACUGAUCAGGGAGAUAAUACGGGAAAACGUUUUCUACAAAAUAGGCAACAUCAAAUUCGAAAAACGAUGCAUAUUACUGUGUCUCUUAAGAGUACACAGUCACCAUCUUCAACUGUUCUAGGAAUCCAUGAUCAAAGACACUCUUCCGAUUCACAGGGUCAGAAAUCUCCCGCUUCUAAUUCAGCUGAGGGUCAAAGAUCUGUAAAAGAUAUCACAUCAGAUCAACACCCGAUUAGAAAUUUCCAGAGAAUGUCUCACCAUCGAUGGAACAAUCAGAAAUCAAAUUCAGGAUUUGCCAUAAGCCCUGUGAAACGCAUGCGAGAUAGCAUGCUAAAUCAUAAGUCCCACCAAACUCACCAAACAAAAACCUCAGAAUCAAACAAUCGUCAAAGUCUUUUGUCUCAAUCACACGAUAAGGUUGCUUCUUCUGCAGCGCUGAAUCAACAAAACGGACAAUUCAAAGAUCAGGUAGCUCAAACACACUCUUCGGUCAGAACACAAGAUCUGCCGAGUGUAAAUCGCCAACAAUCUCAAUCAAAUGCCAACCAAGUCAGGAGAAAUUUUGAUCAAAACGCAAGAGACACACAUAAUAACGGAUAUAUCGAUCAACAAAAAAUCGGAGUGCCUCCAAAGAAAGAUCCUUCAGCAGAUACGGGAUUUUUCAUUUCGUCUCCAAGGCAUCGUGGGACCUCUUUAACGGGAUCAGGAAGACAAACCAAUAAUGAAAUAAAUAAAUCCAUUUCAAAAUCUGAGUCCUCAGUAGCAAAAACACCUGCUCCAGUGCCCACACAAGGGUAUCUUAAUUUUAUGGCUGACUUUGGGGGUAUGGAGAGAAUUUUAAAUCAAGGUAAGGGAGCUAUAAUAAACAGUGGGUUGUCGUCAGAGAGAAAUGUACAAAAUCAUAAAGCUGAUACUGGACCAAGGGGAACGUCCUCCUCAACAAGACAAACAAGCAGCCUGGAAUCUACACAAAACACGGGUCAAAACGAUCACCGAAUAUCAGCGUCUCAAAACCGUCCCUCUGUUAAUAGUAGACAACAACUUUUCAGUCGAUUUCAAAGAAGACAAGGUUUAUUCGGAAGUUUCCAGAGAAGGCAGAUGAAUGUUCCCGCCAAAACCACUACAACGACGACGACGACAACAACAACAACAACAACAACCACUGCUGCUCCUGUACCUCACCAACAACAAACGUCCCAGACAAGAAAUCGUCAGUGCUAUCUUCCGAAGGCUGAGGGUCACUGUCGUAGAUAUCAGAUGGCUUAUUACUUUGAUGUAGCGACCAGUCAGUGCAAGACCUUUAUGUAUUCGGGUUGUUACGGCAAUGCCAAUAGGUUCAACACCAGAGCCCGCUGCGAGCAGGCGUGCCUACAAAAUCAAGUCUCGUCAAGCUCCCAGACUGCAAAUUCUCAGAUUACACAUUCUCAAACGUCAAACUCUCAGACUGCAAAUUCACAGAUAUCAAGUGCUCAGAUAUCAAAUUCUCAGACAUCAAGUUCUCAGACAUCCAUUUGUAAAAUGGCGCAAAACCGGGGCACGUGCCGGAAGUGGACGACUAGAUACUACUAUGAUCCUAAAAUACAGAAUUGCCGCUCCUUCUGGUAUGGGGGGUGUGGAGGAAACGAGAACAAUUUCUCAACAAAGACGGAAUGUCAGCGGCGGUGUUACGGGUCCUGAUAAAAAUGACGAUGUUAAUUCAGACUUGACUUUGUGCAAUCAAUAUUUACAAUCAAAUACAUCUCUCAGCACAUUUCGGUCGAUCCGUACCUCUUGCUUGAUAUAGGCGACGGAACUACCCGAGGUUUGCCGAUUGUCACACAUACUAACUGUCCGGCUGUUUCUGUAUUUGGAUUGGAGAACAGUCGAAUUCUGGGGAAAUAAGAUACUCGAUCAUUUACAUUUGCUACCUCAUAGAAAACAUAUUACAUGUGUCAUCAUAUAUCAAGAAGUAUCAUGAUAAAGCAACAAUGAAGAAUUUAAUAUGCCAUGAAGUAUAAUUUAAAUUAUUUAAACUCAUUUAAACUAAAGAAAAUUGAAUAUAUUACAUUUAGCAGGUUUUAUCUAAAAGUUGCUAUGAAACAUUGAAUUGGAAUUCACGUUCAUUGGACACAUGACACAAGCAUUUUUUCGAACAGUGAAUUUUUAUGUGUCUCAUAAAUCAUAUAAUCAGUCAUAAUUCAUCUACAUACAUUUAAUCCUUAAAAAUUGUAAAUUACUGAAAAAAAAGUUAGAAAAGGUAUUGUGAGUUCUGUCAAUUAAACGUAAUCAUUAAUGUAAAACUGAAAGUUUUUUUCCCAAAUGUAACUGCAUUUCGUCUUUUCUCUAAGAUGUCAUACCACAGAGAAAACAAACGUGUCGCAAUAUUUAGGACUCUGUUAUAUCUAGGGCAAAUUUUUCUCCGUCAGUAUUAUUGAUGUAAAUCAGGCUGAUUGAGGUUUUAUGACAUUUUUCUCUAAAAUAUAAAAAAAUCAAUCAUAUAGUUAUAGAUCUCUUUCAUUAUAGAUCUGUCUUGGAUCAGAGAUGUUUUAUACGUUUUUUCGAACUAAGUUUCUUUAAUGUCAACAAUAUGAUUAAAGCACCUGGUUUCAUAUUCUGCCACUAAAAUUAUAGCACAGAAUAUAUUUUGAUUGAUGCAAAUCUCACACAAUUUUGAUUUGUAUAUGAGUAUAAGUAAAAAAUCAGAUGUUUAAAUGAAUGCUGUGAUUUUGCCUUCAUGAUUUAUAUAGCAAGAAGCAGACAGUCUAUUUUGCGAGGACAAGAAUCAUGAAAAAUGCUUUGAGAUUCUUUUCUGAACUUUUACAUGCGUCAUCAUCUUCAAUUUCAGGUGAAUUUGUUUGCUUCUAUAAUUUUCUAUACAUAUAAUAGAUGAAUGGCUGACAUUAUAAAUCACGUGUACAUUGUUGAUAAUUUAUUUUGUAGCUUUUUCAAAUUGUUUUGUUGGUUGAAUUUGUCCUCAAAAUAAAGUGAAUUUAAUAAAAAGAA